UACUACCUGCUACGAGCUCGAGGCUGAGAUCAAUGGCGAAUCUGAACUCCGAUCUGAAUCGCAUUAUUCUGUGCACAGCCUUAAUCGCUUGUUUCAGUUUCAGGCCAUCACAGAGUAGUGACUCAGUCGGCUCGCACCAGACGGCAGAAAGCAGAGCAAGCUUCUUCAUUUUUGGAGAUUCCACUGUGGAUUCUGGCAAUAAUAAUUACAUUGAAACAAUCCCAGAGAACAGAGCAGAUUACAAACCCUAUGGCCAGAAUGGAUUCUUUGAAGGACCUACCGGAAGAUUCUCUGAUGGCCGCAUUAUUGUAGAUUUUAUAGCUGAAUAUGCAAAUCUGCCAUUGAUUCCUCCGUUUUUACAACCAUCUGCUGAUCAUACCUACGGCGUCAACUUUGCUUCUGGAGGGGCUGGUGUUCUUCCUGAGACCAAUCAAGGACUGGCGAUUGAUCUUGAAACACAAGUGAAAAACUUUGAGGAAGUGAGAAAGGGAUUGGAAGAGAAGGUGGGAAAGGAGGGAGCCAAAGAAAUAUUGGGAGAAGCUGUGUAUUUCAUAAGCAUAGGAAGCAACGAUUAUAUGAGCGGGUAUCUGGGCAAUCCAAAGAUGCAAGAACGCUUCACUCCCGAGCAGUACGUUGGCAUGGUCAUCGGCAACUUGACUCAAACAAUCCAGAGACUGUACGAGAAUGGAGGGAGAAAGUUUGGGUUUUUAAGCCUGGGUCCGCUGGGGUGUUUGCCUGCCCUGAGAGCACUAAAUCCUGAAGGAGGGUGUUUGGAAGCAGCUUCGGCUCUUGCGCUCGCCCACAAUAAUGCUCUCUCUUCUGUUCUUGCCAGCCUUCAACUUGCCCUCCCUGCCUUCUCUUACUCCGAUUCCAAUUUCUACGAUUGGCUUCAUGAUCGAAUCCACAACCCCGCUACUUACGGAUUGAAGGAAGGAGUGAAAGCGUGCUGUGGAAGUGGACCAUACGGGGGCAUCUUCAGCUGUGGGGGGACAAAGAAAACGACAGAGUACAGCUUAUGCGACAACGUGAACGAUCAUGUGUGGUGGGAUUCAUUCCACCCAACCCAGAUGAUUCACCGCCAAUUCGCCCUCCUUUUGUGGAGCGGCCCUACUUCCUCCGUCGCCCCCUUUAACUUGCACAGCCUCUUCACCACCAACACUAAACGCACCAUCGCUGAUGUCGUUGAUCGCCCUCAACAAGCUCCACCACACCAAUUCACAUAAUUAUCAUAUAUAUACUAUUUUCCUUUCUAUUUAUAAAAUUUUAUUUGUAGACUACAAACGAAAUUUUAUAAUUAGAACUGAAAAUAGUAUAAUAUUACCGUGCCUUACACUCUGAAAUAAAAUCUUAGUCUAUA